AUGAGAAGCGCUCUCGCUAGCGGUUGUCGAAUUUGGCAUGUUUACGGUCCAGCUGAGACGACAAUCAUUUCAACUUAUCAUGAAGUAAACUUCAUGUAUCAGAAAAGUACUAUUCCACUCGGUCGUCCCAUUUCAAAUUAUCAAUGCCUCAUUUGUGAUAUGUUUGAUGAAUUGGUGUUUAUUGGUCAGCAAGGUGAGCUACUGGUCGGAGGUAUCGGUGUUUUUAUGGGAUAUCUCGGUCGUGAUGAUUUGACCACAAAAGCAUUGGUCACAAUUGGAGGUACAAUGUACUAUCGGACAGGCGACCUUGCUCGAAUGGAUAAUAGUGGUCUCAUCUACUACAUCGGUCGCGAGGAUCAUCAAGUGAAGCUGCGUGGGCAACGUAUCGAAAUAGGCGAAAUUGAGAGAUGUUUACUAGAUGCACAAGCUACUGCAUGCAUAGUGACUAAAUAUGGAAAUGAUCAUUUGGUGGCUUACGUACAAGGAUCUAAUAUUGAUGAAGAAGUUUUACGAAUACAUUGCUGUUCUCGUCUGCCACUAUUUAUGGUUCCUUCAAAAUUUAUUGUAUUGAGUCAGUUACCAUUAAAUGCGAAUGGAAAAGUGGAUCGAAGUCGUCUUCCCACUCCUGACUUUUCUUCGUUAGAUACGACAAUUGACAACCAUCAUGUCCCUAAUACUGAAAUGGAAGAACGCGUACAUGACUUUUGGUGUGAAGUGCUUGAAAUCAUUGGCAAAAGACUUUCAACAACUGCUAGUUUCUUCACUGUGGGUGGUCAUUCACUUCUUCUUAUCAAACUUUACCAUCGUUAUCAAUCAUUUUUCAGUUUUGAUGGCCGCAAGCUUACUAUUUCAAUGUUUCUUCAGCAGCCAACUAUCGCUGAACAUGCAAGAUUACUGGAAGGAAUCAGGCAUACUGACAUGAAACUGAAAACAUGGACAUCACUUCAUAUCAAAGAAGGUAACGCAGUUGUCUCAAGUAACUUCAAAAGUAAUGUUUGA